UAUAAAAAGGCCUUCCAUUUCCUGCUACAUUGGUCGGUUACACAGAUAAUAAUCUGCACUGCUUUAUAUAUUAUUCUCUCUCUACUGCAAAGUGCAAAGUGCAAACCCUCCUCAGCUUCCUCUCCCUUCCCAUACUCUGCUCCCAACUUUUCUCUCUUCCACUCCCCCUUGUCUCACGCUCAUGGACGUGGACAUUCUCAAAACUUCUACCAGUGACACCAGCAUGGACAUGAUGAUGAUCAUGCAAAUGGAUCAAAAGUUCCCUGAAUUAUGUGAACCUUUUUAUAACCACAACACUACUAGUACUACUCUCCUCCACCCAGAAACCGACUUCUUAACCUCCACCACCACUCUUCCCGUCUUCUCUAACCCAAACGUCAUAACUCCAUCGCCCACUUUCAUCAACACGCCACCCUCUUCCUCUAACUUCCUUCUCCAACAACCCAUGACACCUCCUCUUCAACCCAACCCUUCAUUUUCGGAGAAGAAAAACUCUGUGGCGGCCAUGAGGGAGAUGAUUUUCCGCGUAGCGGUUAUGCAACCUAUUCACAUAGACCCGGAAUCCAUCAAGCCACCCAAGAGACGGAACGUGAAGAUUUCCAAGGACCCGCAGAGCGUGGCGGCGAGGCACAGAAGAGAGAGGAUUAGCGAGAGAAUAAGGAUCCUUCAGAGAUUAGUUCCUGGUGGUACCAAAAUGGACACGGCUUCCAUGCUUGAUGAAGCCAUACACUACGUCAAGUUCUUGAAGAAACAAGUGCAGACGCUGGAACAAGCAGGGGCGAGUAGACCCUUGAACAUUGUCGGAUUCCCUGCUACCACUGUGUCCAACGCCAACAACGUUAAUUAUUCUGCUUUUGUCAAGAGUUGCCAACCGUGUCAAAUCACGCCUUCUGCAGCUUCUAAACAAAUGCUCACUUGACAACUCUUUCUUUGCUUCAUACAUGCAUGAAAAAUUUAUGAAAAUCGAUUAAUUAUAUAUAUGCGGUGUAUUGAUCUUCAUGGUUUUGUGAUCGUGCAUGGAAUUAUAAAGACUCUUAAUUUUUCCGUGUA